AUGGAAGAGAUCAAACCUAUAGGGCCAGAGCCAGUAGCUGAGGAAAAGCCAAGUUUAUCACGCACAGGAUCCACGAAGGGCAAGAAGGGCAAAAAAGGCCUCGUGCCGGAAGUCAAGGGAGAUCCUAUGCCAGCCAUUGAGUCCAGAUUCGCUACGGACGACGCCAGUGUCGCGGCUGACGAUGACUGGGCGAGUGGCUCCGGCACUGCCAAGAGGAAGGACAAUAAAAGCAAACGGAAUUCACUUGCUAGCACUGGCUCCAAGAUGGAUGAAGCACCAUCGCCACCGCCUCCUGUGCCUGACGUUCCAGAUCCUUCUUCGUUUGAUACAUGGGAUACUGCUAAAAAGGAAAAGGACAAGAAAGGCAAAAAAGGCAAGGUCACCGAGCCUGAGCUUAUUUCUGUGCCGGAACCCGAGGAAACGGAGGAUACAGUGAAGGACGGUUUAGCCAGUUGGGCUGGUCUUUCCGCCAAGGAUAGGAAAAAGAAGGAAAAAGAGAAGGAGAAGGAGAAGGAGAAGGAGAAAAAGGACAGAGAGACAAGAGAAGCCAGGGAAGAGGAAGAGGCCGAAGAGAAGGAGAGGAAGGAAAAGGAAGAGGCAGACGAAAAGGAAAGGGAGGAGAAGGCAAGGAAGGACAAGGACAAGGUCAAGGGAAAGAUCGGGAAGAAGGGCAAGACUACUACGUCGCCCGAGACCUCAAAGACCAAGGACUUGCUUGCAGACUCGAUCCCUGAUAUUAUACCGGUUGUAGAGGAAGAUACCUGGGGUUCAACUUGGGGUUCAAGCUGGGGAGCUGGAGCGUCCAAGGAGAACAAGAAGAAAGGUAGCAAGGAGAUGUCCUGGGGAGCGCCACCGCCGGCACCCACUCCGCCCGCGCAAGGCUUGACUCCGGAGCCUGAGGAAAAAGAAGGGGAUUUGCUGGAUGAUAAUUGGGGUGACUUUGCGCCUGCCAAGGCUACUACAAAGGGGAAGAAAGAUGGCAAAAAGGAUCCCAAAGAGGAUUUGAAGGCCGGCAAGAAGGGCACAAAGGACAAGAUCGAGGAAGUGGUAGAUGACACGUCCAAGAAGUCGGCGAAGGAUGACCUGAAGAAGAAGGACGCCUGGAGAGAGGAUACACCUGCAAAAGCAGCCAAGAGUUACUGGGGCGGUAUGGGAACAACGUCUGCCUCCAAGUCUAAAGCGAGCUCCAAAGACAAGGAUAAGGCGGCAAAGGAAGCUGAGGAAGAGGGAGAGGAGGAGGGGACGGAGGAGGUGGACGACGACGACGAUGAGAUUCUAGAGAUGUUGGACGAAGAGCCCCCGAGCAAAAAGCCGGCAAAGGAUGGAAAUCUUUGGAAGACGAGCACUAAAGAUAGCGACAAGGCUAGCAAAGGCAGCAGCGUGGCGAAGAAGAAAGGUGGUGUUGGUGUCAGGGAUGACGUUAGGGAGGCGGUGACAAGUAAAGGCAAAAAUGGCAAAUCCAAGGAGCUUGGUACAGAAGACAAGGAUGAUGAGAAAAAAGAAGAAGAAAAGGAAAAGGUUGAAGAUGCUUUCAGUCUACCGGUAUGGGCACCUUCGUCCAAGAAGACAACUGGCAAGAAUUGGAAAGCAGAUGAGGUCUUAGGGAAAAAGGAAAUUGGCGCUAAGGAUCUGACCAAUCAGAAGUCAACGGGAAAGAAGGGAAUCUCGAAUGAGCCAGAAUUUACCCAUAAAGAUGACCAACCUUCGACGUUAUUGCAACCUUCGAAACCUUUCAAGUCAGCAAUGUCCACUUCGAAAUCAACAAAACCUUCAUCCGUCUUACAGAGAGUCAAGGAGAUUGAGAAGGAGAAGAAUAAGGCUUCAGAUUCUGCGCCACCUGACCUAGAUCCCGAACCAACUUCAAAAUUCGACAAGAAAGCUGGCGCAUCAAGUAAAAGCAAAGACUUAGCAUCAAGUAAAGCCGCCGCAUCAAAGACCAAGGAUUCGAACCCUGAAUCCAAAACCAAGAAGAAAUCUUCAGAGGAAACUGUUCCAGGCAGUUUCCCAGGUGAAGGCAUGGAUGACGACUUCAACAAUCUCGAUGAGCUCGAUGAGCUCGAUGAGCUCCUCGAUGAUGAACCCCUGCUCGAGAAGAAAGACAGCAAGAAGGGCGCCAAAUCUACUAAAGAGUCGAAAAUUACCUCAAAGGCUCGCGACACGCCCGAGUCGAAACGACCACCGACACCGCCACCUGAGCCCAAAGAGGAGAAGCCUGCUAAGAAAGAGCGCCCUCGCAUAGCCAAAGAGGGAGGUGCCUCUUCUUGGAGUCUCUGGGGUGCAGCUCCAGCAAAGAAGAAGGAGACUAAAGCAAAGGACGAUGCUGACGUCUCAUCGCCGCCUAAAAAGGAGAAAGCUGCUGCUCCUGGCUUUAGUAGAUCAAAGUCCACCCGGACAGCCAAGGAGAAAGACAAGGAGACAGUCAAGUCUGAAGCUAAGUCGUCUGACUCCGACAAACCAAAGAAGACAGAGUCUCGUCCACCCAAGUCGCGGGGCUCAAGCUUUGGUGCGCUAUUUGGCGGCGGACCUCCAACACGGACCAAGUCGGUUCGAAAGAAUAGUACCGCGCCUUCAGUUCCCAAGAGUGCUGCUUCUAGGAGGCAGUCCAUGGAUGUCGAUGCCACCGGUCUUCCGUCUCCGCCAGCUGAAGAAGCGCCGGAAAUGACUUCAAAAGCCGCGAAGAUGAUGGGCACUGCCAAGCUGGAUAGGAAAGCCUCGACUCGAGGCAAACAGAAGGCGUCUGGUGAGAAGCUUCCAGCAAUGUUCGAAAAGUCCUUGGAGAAAGCUGACGGUAGCAAUGUAGCUGUUCCAGAUCCUUAUGCCAUCGACUCAGAUGACAUGGUGAUGGUGAAUGAUGUGGACGAUCCCCUUGUCAAUGGCAAAAAGUUCUCCGCCACUAAAGACAAAGGUUCGAAGAGCAAGUCCAAAGGAAUGGAUGCCGAGCCAAGUUCAUCUCUGAAAAGGGAUUUGCCUGACAGGACCAAAUCUAAGCGAGACUCCAAAAUGGAACCAAGUAGCUCUAAGAGAAAGUCCAAGAUUGGGAACGACAUCGACGAUGAUGUUGUCAUGGUUGACGCAGGCUCUUCGGGUGACGCAAACGUAGAGCCUGGCCCCGACGAUAUGCAGUUCAUUACCAAGCCUAGAGGACUCCAGCGCUCGGCCACAAGCUCAAAGAAACCUGAUAGCAAGUCCGGUGGAAUAGGGGGCGGGCUGUUCGGCGCUUUCCGUAAGAGUCGUCGUGCAUCUGAGGUCAACGAAUUUUCAAAAAGCAGAGCCAUCGUGGAGGAUGAGGAGGUAGCACCUCGCAAGCGUACCGUCACUGGCGGAGAUGACUCUGCUAAGCGUCCUCGCCGUGACGACCGCAGAAAAACUGAGAAGACAGAUCGUGCAGCUGACGGCUAUGUCUAUGACACCGCUAGAGAUGUUGGAGGAACUACCGAAGCGGAAGAUGCGGACGCACGGAGAGAGAAGAGACGGACUAAACGUGCAGAAGAUGAUCGUAUUGCCAAAGAGCCACGUGAAGAAGCUUUGAAAUACGAAGCUGAUCGACGAGCUAAGCGUGGUGAAGCAGACAAAGCCAAGCUUAAGGAUGAGCGCGGCAAGCGAGCUCGCAAGGAGGAGGAAGCCGAAGCCCGUCGCCUCGAAGAAAAAGAGGACCGCCGAGCUGCACGAGAAGCUCGCCGCAGAGAAGAAGAGGCAAACAGAGCGCUCGAGGAUGACAUCCUCAAACCCCGGUCUAAGCGCCGUGAUACAGAGAAAGAGGUCCCAGCGGCAUCCUCAUCUCGACCUCGCACAUCUGACCGUCGUCGCUCCCACAUGGAUAAAGCCACCGAACGCCCCAAAUCCUCGCGCCGAAAAUCCACAAUUGCUCCAGUAGACGACUACUUUGACCCCCGCAACGGCCGCCCUACCAAUGACAAUGACCCCUACGGUGGCAACGACCAUACCACCUCUUGGGUCAAAUCCCAAGUCUCCGAACCGCCCGAGCCCCCGCCAGUCGAGCCGACAAUCAUGGAACAAGCCCCCGACUUCAGAGCCAAAGGCGCCGACGACCUGGUGGAAGACGAAUAUGCCAGACGCGCGAGCCAUAAGAAGCCAAAGAGGGGUAGCCGUAUGUACACCGAUCCCCUCGCUGAUGAACAAGAAGAGCGCAGGAGGCGGAGGAAGGAGAAGGAGGUUCGGAGCAGUGAGGGCAGUGCGGCGGAGGAGAGGUAUGGAGGGUUGGGGAGCAUGGAUAGGAGACAGAGUGAUCUCGGAGGCGUGAAGCUGGGGGCGGGGACGAAGACGUUUGACGGGAAGACCGGGCAGGGAAAACGAUCCAGUUGGUUUCAAAAGGUCACCGGAGGGUUCUGA